ACGGAACCGGAGCUGGGCGCGGUCAGAGGACGCGGGUUCCCCGAGAGCCGAAGAUGGCAGUGAAUGUGUACUCGACGUCAGUCACCAGUGAUAACCUAAGUCGACAUGACAUGCUGGCUUGGAUCAAUGAAUCUCUGCAGUUGAAUCUGACAAAGAUAGAACAAUUGUGCUCAGGAGCUGCAUACUGUCAGUUUAUGGACAUGCUCUUCCCUGGCUCCAUUGCUUUGAAGAAAGUGAAAUUCCAAGCUAAGCUAGAACAUGAAUAUAUCCAGAACUUCAAAAUACUACAAGCAGGUUUCAAGAGGAUGGGCGUUGACAAAAUAAUUCCUGUGGAUAAAUUAGUAAAAGGAAAAUUUCAGGACAAUUUUGAAUUCGUUCAGUGGUUCAAGAAGUUUUUUGAUGCAAAUUAUGAUGGAAAAGAGUAUGACCCUGUAGCUGCCAGACAAGGUCAAGAAACGGCAGUGGCUCCUUCUCUUGUCGCCCCAGCUCUGAGUAAACCGAAGAAACCUCUCAGCUCCGGUAAUGCAGCUCCGCAGAGACCCAUUGCAACACAGAGAACUACUGCAGCUCCUAAGGCUGGUCCAGGGAUGGUGCGAAAGAAUCCUGGUGUGGGUAAUGGGGAUGACGAAGCAGCUGAAUUGGUGCAGCAGGUCAAAGUUUUGAAGCUUACUGUUGAAGACUUGGAGAAAGAGAGAGACUUCUACUUUGGAAAGCUAAGGAACAUUGAAUUGAUUUGCCAGGAGAAUGAGGGGGAAAAUGACCCUGUACUGCAGAGGAUUGUAGAUAUUCUUUAAGCCACAGAUGAAGGCUUUGUGAUACCUGAUGAAGGGGGCCCACAGGAGGAACAAGAAGAGUAUUAAGCAGCCUGGACCAGCAGAGCAACAUCCGAAUUCUUCACUCCAAAUCAUGUGCUUAACUGUUAAAUACACCCUUUUGUUAUUCUUAGAGAAUUCACUGGUUUCUUUUCAUAAGCAAAAAGUACCUCUUCUUCAAAGUGCACUUUGCAGAAGUCUCUUUCCGAUGAGUUUGAGUUAGGAGCUGUUGCCUUGUAGCAGAGCAGUAUUAACAUCUAGUUGGUUCACUAGGGGACAGAGAGGCCAACCAUGGGGCUCUUCAUGUGGAUGCUGGUCACACUGACUGAUGGAGAAGGGGGUUUUGUAAUACAUUGAGGUAUUACAAAUACUCAGAGAAAUGUAAAGACUGAUAUGAAUUUUAAGUGAAAUUCUGGCAGAGAACGUUUUAAUAAAUAAUGCCUUAAGAGUA